UUCAUUCGCUAGCUUCAAUCCACAAAUCCAUCAACUACUGUUAUCAUAAUAAUAUAUCAUGGCCGCUACUAAUUACAAGCUGCAGGUCUACGUGGCGCUGGUGGUGGCGGUAAUGGUGGCGGCUGGCGGACGGCAUCUGGCUGCCGACGGCGCGGUGACGUGUAGCCAGGUGGCGGCCGACGUGGCGCCGUGCUUCAACUACAUCACGGGGAGAGGCCCUCUGGUCCCCGCCUGCUGCGGCGGGCUCAGGUCGCUCAAGGCCGCCGCCGGCUCGACUCCGGAAAGGCAAUUGGCUUGUCGAUGUUUGAAAGCACUCGUCGGUGGUCUCCCCGGUGUCAACUUCGGCAUCGCCGGCGGACUUCCCAACAGGUGCGGCGUCGUUUCGCCCGCACCCGUCAGCCCGACCGUCGAUUGCAACAGGGGUCAGGUGAGAGUACGGCAACGAUGAUCGAGGAAUAAGCUGAUGAUGGAUGUGUGGACAGUUUAAGUAAUUAAUUAAAAAAUAUGUCGUAUUAUCUGGAAAAGAAAGAAUAAAGGGAUUGUGUUGUUCAAUUUAUUCUGGUACUUUGUUGGGCUUGAUUUGCCUCUUCUCGCAGAAUGGAGACUUAAUUAGGAGACGAGAAGUAAUAAGAAUUUGUGUGUAUCUUUGUAUUGACAUAAUUGUGCAUGAACCCGUUGUACGUUGGCGAUAUGUUGUGAGACCUUGUUCAUGAUUAUGUAAUCUUAAUCUACAAGGGUAGACGUUGUUCAUCGCUACUCUUUAUGAUGACAAAAAAAAAAUAAAGUUAGUCCUCUCGGAUAAUACUAUGAUACAAGAAAAAUUAAUCUUGUACGAUGAUCUAUAUAUCCACGGAUCAUUUAGUAAUAAUAUCUACAAGAAGUCAUUAUUUAA